CGCACAAGUGGGGAGCCGCAGGUCGGGAAGAGGAGCACCGAGCAGAGGGCUCGCUCUCCGGGGCCGCCCGAGAGUCUCUUCGUCGCGGGCUCUGGAGCCGCCAUCUUAGAUGGCGGGAGUAAGAGAGCGAGCGUGAGGCGGGAACGUCUUCUCUGCUGCUCUCCUGGGGCCCCGAGAAGGGACAGCUGUCCGGGCUUUAGGGCGUGUGCCCUGAGGCGCGGAGCCCGAGUGCGAGGAUGCGAGGGCUUCCCGGGGCCCCGUCCCCUGGGUUGGGGACGCGCCGAAUGUGACUGCCUCCCGUUCCUUCACCCGCCGCAGGGAGGAGGAGCGGACGAGAAGCCGCAGCCGGACGACGGGACGGACGCGGGGGCGGCUCGGCUCCCUCAGGUUCAAGCAUUGCUUAAGCUGCAUCAAUGGAGCACAUACAGGGGGCUUGGAAGACGAUCAGCAAUGGUUUUGGAUUCAAAGAUGCUGUGUUUGAUGGCUCCGGUUGCACCUCCCCUACGAUAGCUCAGCAGUUUGGCUAUCAGCGCCGAGCGUCAGAUGAUGGCAAACUCACAGAGUCUUCUAAGACGAGCAACACUAUCCGUGUUUUCCUGCCGAAUAAGCAAAGAACAGUGGUCAAUGUGCGGAAUGGAAUGAGCCUGCAUGACUGUCUUAUGAAGGCGCUCAAGGUGAGGGGUCUGCAGCCAGAGUGCUGUGCUGUGUUCAGGCUUCUCCAGGAGCAUAAAGGUAAAAAAGCACGUUUGGAUUGGAACACUGAUGCUGCAUCCUUAAUAGGAGAGGAACUUCAGGUAGAUUUCCUGGAUCACGUUCCCCUCACAACACACAAUUUCGCUCGAAAGACGUUCCUGAAACUUGCCUUCUGUGACAUCUGUCAGAAAUUCCUGCUAAAUGGAUUUCGAUGUCAGACUUGCGGCUACAAAUUUCAUGAGCACUGUAGCACCAAAGUACCUACUAUGUGUGUGGACUGGAGUAAUAUCAGACAACUCUUAUUAUUUCCAAAUUCUACCUUUGGUGAAACUGGGGCCCCAGCACUGCCUUCUUUGACAAUGCGUCGGAUGCGAGAAUCUGUUUCCCGGAUGCCUGUUAGUUCCCAGCACAGGUACUCCACUCCUCACGCCUUCACGUUCAGCUCCUCCAGCCCGUCCUCGGAAGGUUCCCUCUCCCAGAGGCAGAGGUCCACGUCCACACCCAACGUUCACAUGGUCAGCACCACCCUGCCUGUGGACAGCAGGAUGAUUGAGAAUAGCAGCCUGAAUGCUUCUCCCAGGGUGUGGUCCAGAUGCUUUUGUUUGAGGGGAAGAGAUGCAAUUAAAAGUCAUGGAGAAUCAGCCUCACCUUCAGCCCUAUCCAGCAGCCCCAACAAUUUGAGCCCAACGGGCUGGUCACAACCGAAAACUCCCAUGCCAGCGCAGAGAGAACGGGCCCCAGGAUCUGGAACCCAGGAGAAAAAUAAAAUUAGGCCGCGCGGACAGAGGGAUUCCAGCUACUACUGGGAAAUAGAAGCCAGUGAAGUGAUGCUCUCCACUCGGAUUGGGUCUGGCUCCUUUGGAACUGUAUAUAAGGGCAAAUGGCAUGGAGACGUUGCAGUGAAGAUCCUUAAGGUUGUCGACCCGACGCCAGAGCAGCUCCAGGCCUUCCGAAACGAGGUGGCUGUCCUGCGCAAAACACGGCAUGUGAACAUCCUACUCUUCAUGGGGUACAUGACAAAGGACAACCUGGCGAUUGUGACCCAGUGGUGUGAGGGCAGUAGCCUCUACAAACAUCUGCAUGUCCAGGAGACCAAGUUCCAGAUGUUCCAGCUAAUUGACAUCGCCCGCCAGACAGCUCAAGGCAUGGACUAUUUGCAUGCGAAGAACAUCAUCCACAGAGACAUGAAAUCCAACAAUAUAUUUCUUCAUGAAGGCUUGACGGUGAAAAUUGGUGACUUUGGUUUGGCGACAGUAAAGUCUCGGUGGAGUGGUUCCCAACAGGUUGAACAACCGACCGGCUCCGUUCUGUGGAUGGCUCCCGAGGUGAUCCGAAUGCAGGACAACAACCCGUUCAGCUUCCAGUCUGACGUCUACUCCUACGGCAUCGUGCUGUAUGAGCUGAUGACGGGGGAGCUCCCCUACUCCCACAUCAACAACCGUGAUCAGAUCAUCUUCAUGGUGGGCCGAGGGUAUGCGUCCCCAGAUCUUAGCAAGCUGUACAAGAACUGCCCCAAAGCAAUGAAGAGGCUGGUGGCUGACUGUGUGAAGAAAGUUAAAGAAGAGAGGCCUCUGUUCCCCCAGAUCCUGUCCUCCAUUGAGCUGCUCCAACACUCUCUGCCGAAAAUCAACCGGAGCGCCUCAGAGCCCUCCCUGCACCGGGCGGCGCACACAGAGGACAUCAACGCCUGCACGCUUACCACGUCUCCAAGGCUGCCUGUCUUCUAGCUGACGGCACCUGUUCUCCCUGGCCAGGGCAGGCAGGAGAGCUGCAGGCGCCACUUCGCCUCCCUUUCUUUGGGGGCAGAAGGGUUAGCGUGUUUUCAGAGAAGCUGCUGCUAAAGACCUUCCAGACUACUCACUGGGCCUUAACUUGAUGUUGCCUUCUUGUCUGCCCUCUGGCCCCGGGGAGAAGCCAGGCACCUUGCUGGCCUGGCCUGCUCCCUCCCCCUGCUCUCCAGGAUGCUGAGCCCAGCCGUGGAAGUAGAUACGGAUGGCAACACAGGAGCUGGCCCAGCUAUUAGCUCAGUGCGCCUUCUUCAGAACCCUGGAAGGGGAAGCAGAGGUAGUUUCCAGCCGUUCCGUGGGGACACACGUGGAGCUGGAGCCCAGCUGCGGUGAGAAAUGUACAUCACGGCAGGGACUCUGGGUGAUGGUGGUGUGGCCCCAGUUUUGCACCUAAUGCACCCAACAACCCAGGACUGCACGACCUCGGCUGCCUGAAGGAGCCUGCUUGGUACUAAGGGAAGGUGACUGGGGACCCCUGC